AUGUCCUCCGGGCUGAGAAAAGAAAUGAGAGCGAUCGAUCGGCAGAUUCUUCAAAUUGAGCGCGAGCAGCAAAAAACUAAGGCAGAAAUUAAAAAGCACGCCAAGAAAAACGACAUUGAUGUGUGCAAAAUUCUGGCCAAGGAAUUGGUCAACUCACAAAAGGCCGUUUCAAGACUGCAUGCUUCGAAGGCUCAAAUAAACUCGGUUAUGAUGAAUAUGCGAACGCAAGCAGCAACAAUCCGAAUGACCGGCGCGGUCGAAAAAUCCACGCAAGUGAUGCAAUCAAUGAGCAGACUCGUAAAACUGCCAGAGCUUCAAAAGACAAUGACGGCGAUGAGCAAGGAAAUGAUGAAGAUGGGCAUCAUUGACGAACUGAUGGACGACGCGAUGGAGUCUCUUGAUCCUGAUGACAUGGAGGAAGAAGUUGAUGCUCAGGCGUGCUAUGAUUACGAUCGAUAG